AUGAGGGUUUGGGCGAUCGGCAGCGCCAUUCGCAGGGAGAAUCGGCGGCAGCGGCGGCGGGAGGGAUUGUGGAGUGUGUUGCAUCGGCGGCUACACGAGGAUUCCGGUGAUGGCGGCAAUGCCUGGGAUGUGGAGGAGGCCCUCAGGCUCCGGGAGGGGACGUCGUGCUCGUACAGGUAUACGUGCUUAGUCAGGCGGUGUAGGGAUCGGCAGGCGCUCGAGGAAGGGCGGCGCGUGCACGAGCAGAUCCGGAAGAACGGGUUUGAGGGGGAGACGUUCCUGGGGAAUCUGCUGGUGGAGAUGUACGCCAAGUGUGGGAGCUGGGAGGAUGCGAGGCAGGCUUUCGAGAAGAUAGAACACAAGAAUGCUUUCUCUUUCGGGACGGUGAUCGCCGCGGCAGCUCAAGAGAGGGAUCACAAGUGGGCAGUGGCUGGUUUGUUUGGGAGAUUGCUGCUGGAAGGCCUGAGACCGGACAGGCAGAUACUUCUCUGUUUGAUCUCGUCGUGCGCGUCGCUCGACACAGCCAGGUCGGCCCAUGCUUGCCUCGUAGAUAGCGGUUUAGAGCAGGAGCUGGGGAAUACGAUGGUGAGCACGUAUCUCAAAUGCGAGGGGCUGGAGGAGGCAAGGGAGAUUUUCGAGAGGCUUGAGAGCAAAGGAUUGUUCGCGUGGACUGCGAUCAUUGGAGCCUGUGCUCAGAGAGGUCACAACAGGGAAGCGCUCGAGUUUUUCCAUCGGCUGGACUGCGAGGGUGUAAAGCCGGACAUUGUGAGCUUCAUUAACACACUCCGAGCGUGCACCAACUUGGAAGAUUUGUCCGAAGGGAGGGGAAUUCAUCGCCGCCUCUCGGCCGAGGGCCUCGACUCGGAUGUGAUCGUCGGCAACGCGCUGGUAAACAUGUACAGCAGGUGUGGUUAUCUGGAAGAAGCCAGGGACGUUUUCGACAGGAGUUUAAAGAGCGAGGCCUCGUGGAACACGCUGAUCACCGCUUACUCACGGGAAGAACGCUCCAGGGAUGCGAUCCAGCUCUUUCAGGAAAUGCUCUUAGAUGGUACCAAGCCAAACGACGUGACGUUCGUCGGCAUAACUGGAGCUUGCAGUAAGGACCGCUAUGCAAAGCAGGUCCACGAAUGCGUGAUUGCUUCCGGGGUAGAGAACCAGCCCGUCUUGGGAACCGCAAUCGUGACCAUGUACGGGAAAUCUGGCAAUCUGGUCGAGGCCAGCCAAGUCUUUGACAGGCUUAGCUCCAGGAAUAUCAUCACUUGGAACACACUCAUGGGAGCUUACGCGCAGUAUGGUCACCCGGAUGAAGUUCUGAGGCUUCAGAAAAGGAUGGAGCUGGAAGGAGUGAAGCAAAACAGGGUCACGUAUCUGAGCCUUUUGGACGCUUGCUCGGAAUUGGAGAGCCUGACCGAUGGUCAGGCCUUGCACGCACGAAUCACCGCUACAGGCUACGUCGGUGACGCUGUUCUUGACAGCGCCGUCGUCAACAUGUACACGAAAUGCAAGAGCUUGGAGCGAGCGAGGCGCGUGUUUGAUCGAAUGCAGCUAAAGACAGAGGUUACGUGGACGACACUUAUCUCGGCUUAUGCUCAACAGGGCCAAGGUAUGGAAGCUCUGAAACUUUUUAGACAGAUGGACCUUGCAGGGGUCAAGGCGGACGAAGUAACUUACGUCAAUGUUCUUGGUGCCUGUUGCAGUUUGGGAGUGCGCUCCGAGGCCGAGUCCAUUCGUUCCAGGAUAUCUGCCAGUGGUAUCCUCCACUCGUCCGGUGUUCUGAGGAACAAUCUCGUCAACGUCUACGGAAAGCUUGGCGACGUCGCCCACGCACGCAGAGUGUUCGAGGAGAUGGAGACGAGAGAUGUGUGCUCGUGCACGACGAUGAUCGCAGCGUACGCGCAGAACGGACACGAGAGGCAAGCGUUGCAGCUCUACCACAAGAUGGACCUCGAAGGAUUGAAGUCCGACGACGUGACAUACAUCAGUGUGCUGGAAGCUUGCAGCCGGAUCGAUGCAGUAAGAACGGGAAAACAGAUUCACGAGAGGAUAGUUUCCAGUGGCUCCGACUCCGAUGUCUACGUCUCCACUGCGCUCGUCAACAUGUAUGGCAAGUGUGGAGACUUGGAGAACGCACGGGAGGUGUUUGACAGGAUGACAACGAGAACGGUGGUGACAUGGAACACGCUCUUAACGGCGUAUGGUCAGCACGGGCACAGCGAGGAAGCCAUCAGACUCUACCAGAGAAUGGAGCCGGACGGAGUUGAGCCCGACGAGAUCACCUACGUUACCAUCGUCGGUGCUUGCGGUGACAUGCAGUCUCUAGCGGAAGGAAGGCCCGUCCACGACAGGAUAGUGAGAGCCGGCCUGGAGAACGGAGCGCUCGUCUCCACAGCACUCGUCAGCAUGUAUGGCAAGUGCGGGAGCCUGGACGAAGCACGGAAGAUCUUCGACGGCUCCGACUUGAGCAACCUGGUCUCGUGGAACGCAAUGAUCGUGGCGUAUGCUCAAAACGGGGAGGGGAAGCAGGGGCUGGAGCUGUACGAGCUCAUGAACUUGGGCGGCGUGGAGCCGAACGGCGUGACUUACACCGGAGUGCUGUUUGCGUGCGCACACGCGGGGCUGCUGGACGAGGCCUGGAAGCAGUUCGUGUCGCUCAAGACGGACAGGGGGAUCGAGUGGGAGGACGAGCACUUCAGCUGCAUGACGGAUAUGCUGGGCCGGCUGGGAAGGCUGGAGGAGGCCGAGGAGUUUCUCAAGAGGUUUCCACAGGCGGGUGGAGUUCCAUGGCUGUCACUGCUCAACUCGUGCCAGAUGCAUGGGGAUUUGGAGCGCGGGAAGCGGGUGUCGCAGGAGGCCAUGAAGAGGAACCCGGAGACAUCGUCGUCGUACGUGAUGCUCUCCAACAUCUACGCGGCACCAGAGGUUGCAAAGAUGAAAAGCAGGCUCGGGUUUUGGUAUUCCAGGCACUCCAAGUCGCAGGAUAUCACUUGAAAGGAUGUACGACCCUUUUCCCCGGAGUAUAAAAAGGAUUGCGAGGU